GAGAGAGCGAGAAGGAAGUACACAAUACCACCACAACGCCAUGAAGAUGUCGUCAUUUUAAACGUCAACACUGUGUACACCGAUCUUUGAGCAUCUUAAACUUGUUGAAAUGAAGAGGGUUUGAUUAAUGCACAAUGAUUGAGUUUUGUUCCAAGAAGCGGAUGCUGGCGGUUGUCUUCACUUUAGUUACAAUAUCAGUAGUAAGUGUGGUGCUAGAGACAAGGUGGUCAGCUCAGCAUAAAGUUAAGGAAAUUUCAAGAAAGGGUAAAGGAGAUUCAAAUGAAACAUGUAAACUUGGAAAAGAAAAGGUUGUGGAAAGUUGUAGGGAGUGUCUAGCUGAUGAACUGUUCAGUGAGAAGAAGUACUGUCAAGAAACGGGGUUCAGAACUGUCGUAGCUUGUGAAGAUGGCACCAAAAUUAUGCGCAUGUGCUCAGGGACGCAAUGGUUAGAGGAAAGGAACUUCUGGAUAUUUGAAGGAGUGACAUUUGCCAUUGGCAUCCUGUCCUACGGGCUGGUGGUCAUUAGACAACACAGGCUAGACAGAAUGCUGCGAGAGAAGAUUGACAGGCAGAUAGCUGCUGAUAUAUGAUCUCAAAUGAGGAUAGCCAAUGGAAUGUGGACUGAGAUACUGAUGGAUGAUAUAUGAAGUGACAUAAAGAUAGCUCAUGGAAUGUGGACCAAAAUACUGAUAGGUGAUAUAUCAUGUGAGAUAAAGAUAUCUGAUGGAGUGUGGACUAAGGAACUGGUGGAUGAUAUAUCAUGUGACAUAGAUAGCUGAUGGAGUGUGGACUGAGAUACUGAUGGAUGACAUACUUGUAUGACAUGAGAUGAAGAUAGCGAAUGAAAUGUGGACUGAGAUACUGAUGGAUGACAUACGUGUAUGAUGUGAGAUGAGUGUAGCUGAUGGGUAUAGCCCAUGAAAUGUGGACUGAGAUAUUGAUGGAUGAUAUACUUGUAUGAUGAGAGAUAAGUAUAGCUGAUGAAAUAUGACUGAGGAACUCAUGGAUGAUAUAUCAUGUGAGAUAAAGAUAUGUGAUAAAAUGUGGACUGAGAUACUGAUGGGUGAUAGACGAGGUGGAAUAUAUCGUCACUGAUGCAUGGUAUGAGACAAACCUAAAGAAAGAAUCUCUGACCAAAGGAAGAGUGUUACAAAGCAUGGUGAAGGACAGAAAUAGGAACCAGAAACGAACGUACAUCCUGAUACCAGACAGUGUUGUGCGCAUAACCAGUGACACAUGGUCAAAUACUGAUGUGUCACAUUGACAUGUUUAAAUUGAGAUGAACAUGUUCCUGAUACACAAAUGCACAGCUAUUGGCAAUAGGAUGUCGCAAGACAUGGAUUGCUGAAAUGUUAAUAACCAAUACUAAUGGUAAUAACUGGGAAUGAGGCCAGGUUAAAGUGUCUAUUGGAAUUAGUGCAUUGUGAAAAAAACAGUGCUACACUGUAGGUUUAGCAUGAUGUGUGAUACACAUGUAGAUAACUGAUCCAGCCAGGUGUGGACAGGUAUUGUCAGUCUUCAGGAAAGCUCUGAUUUCAUGCGAUAUUGUUACAUUCAUGCUGAAAUACACACGAUAUGUCAAUAAUGAGAUAAUGAUGAGUGUUACAACUAUCAACCUGAUGUAAGAUACUGAGGGAUUUAUCUGGGUUGUAACAUAUCUGUCUCAUCAUUGCUAAAUGAUGGGAGAUAUUAUUUAUUUUUGAUUGUUCCAAAUAUUUAAAAUACUCAAUAUUUGUUUGCUAACUAAAAAUAAACAGCAAUACUAUUUUCUGUAAAUUGAAUAUUGUCACAGUGUUGGGCUUGAUAAGCAUACCGGCUAAGACUUUACGUCUGUGGGAGAUGUGGUGACUGUAUACGAUAAUCUUACUCAUGUCACAUCUAGUUACUGCACCCUAUAACAUGUAUACUGAUUUGUCAAUUAUUAGAUAGGAAGUAACACCUGUCUUCAACCUCAGAGGUGAAACAGUCAUUUCAUGACAAUCGUCUGAAGUGAAAUUAAGUAACUGGUCAUUUCACUUGCCCAAACAGAGAAGCCUUAGUUCGACUGGAGGCACUGUGGACAGUUUGAGAAAACAUUUUAUUUCAAACCUUCAAAGCGACAGGCCAAUGUGCUUAGUCACGGUGUGGGGAAUGGUAACUGCUUGUGAUUUGGGUCAAGUUUAUCGUAUAUCAUGCUUUCCCUGAAGCUGUCUAGAUCCAGUGCAAUACUGUCCCAGUACAGGUGUCUGUACUUAAUUUAUUUGAACACGUUCAAAGAUCUUCAGCAUGCAAAAACAUGGAGUUGAAAUGCCCAAACUAUGUGCUGACCAAGUCUCUUCUUCUUUGUUUUUCGUGUACAAAGUUAAGACAGUCGGUGACAUAGUUUGGGCGUCAUGCGACAGCAGUUCAAACAUGUCAGCAUUGGGCCAACAGCCACAAGGAGACAUUGUCUUGAUAUGACGGACAUAUUGUUAAAGGCUACCCUUUCAAAGCAAACCAACGAAUCUGUUUUGAUCCACGAUCGGUCCACUUUCAGAAAACUUCCUGAUUCAGUGGUGGCUUUUCUCAUAAAUCAGUGAUAUGGACUCACUAGUCGCGCAGAAUGCCAAAAUAUAAUAUUUGAUAUACAUGUAUGUAGAGAUAGUGUUCUGUAGUGGUAUGCCGGAUAUCUAUAUGACAAUUGUUUUUAUUAUGACUACUACAGUUCUGACUGUCCAACACGGGGAACACUUUGUCGACUUGAUUUGCGCCAUUGGACUAUGUUCUGAACUGCUUUUGUGAAGCAUUCUGAAAAUAAAUCUACGUAUUAUAUUUGA